GGGGCUGGAGCCGGGGGCGCCGCUCAGGCCCCGCCCCGCCCUCGGAGCGAGGGGAUCGCCCUGCCAGUGGGAGGGUCGCAGCCCGCGCUCCCCUCCCCACCCGCCGCCGGGGUUAAAUGCGCCGCCGCCGGCGCCCGCGGCAGCUGCCUGGCUGUCCCCGCCUCGGGCACGCCGCCCGCGCCCUACCUGCUCCAGCUGCCCGCGAGGCCCCGCCCGUCGGCUCCGCUCUGCGGCCGCGCCUCCGAGUCGUCUCGCAGGUUCAGGCUCUGACACCCCGUUUCCUGUCCCCCAAGUGCCAUGAGGGGCCUCCCAUGCUCACCACUGCCCAUAUUGCUGCUCCUUCUCCAGCCCUGGGAAACCCAGCUCCAGUUCGAAGGUCCCAGGUGCCGCACUGGACCCCUGGACUUGGUGUUUGUGAUUGACAGCUCGCGCAGCGUGCGCCCCUUCGAGUUCGAGACCAUGCGGCAGUUCCUGGUGGGCCUCCUCCGCCGCUUGGACGUGGGGCCCAACGCCACGCGCGUCGGCGUGAUCCAGUAUUCGAGUCAAGUGCAGAGCGUCUUCCGGCUCGGAGCCUUCUCGCGCCGCGAGGACAUGGAGCGCGCCAUCCGCGCUUUGGUGCCCCUGGCGCAGGGCACCAUGACGGGGCUGGCCAUCCAAUACGCCAUGAAUGUGGCCUUCAGCGUGGCCGAAGGCGCGCGCCCGCUGGAGGCGCGCGUGCCGCGAGUCGCUGUGAUCGUGACCGACGGGCGGCCCCAGGAUCGGGUGGCGGAGGUGGCGGCGCAGGCGCGCGCCCGCGGCAUCGAGAUCUAUGCGGUGGGGGUGCAGCGCGCCGACGUGGGCUCCCUGCGCGCCAUGGCCUCGCCCCCUCUGGACGAGCACGUCUUCCUGGUCGAGUCCUUCGACCUUAUCCAGGAGUUUGGCCUGCAGUUCCAGGGCCGGCUGUGUGGAAAGAACCUGUGUGCUGAGGGGGGACACGGCUGCCAGCACCAAUGUGUCAGCUCCCCUGGCACCUUCCACUGCACCUGCAAUCCUGGCUACCAGCUAGCUGCAGAUCACAAGGGCUGUUUGGUCAUUGAUCACUGCAGCUUUGGGAACCACAGCUGCCAGCAUGAGUGUGUUAGCACCCUUGGUGGGCCAAGGUGCCGCUGCAGAGAAGGCCACGAGUUGCUACCUGAUGGGAGGAGCUGUCAUGCUCGGGACCUUUGCAAUGGCAUAGACCAUGGGUGUGAGUUCCAGUGUGUGAGUGACGGCCUCACCUACCGCUGCCUGUGCCCUGAUGGACGGCAACUCCAGGCAGAUGGCAAGAGCUGCAACCGGUGCCGGGAGGGCCACGUGGAUCUGGUUCUGCUGGUCGAUGGCUCCAAGAGCGUGCGCCCUCAGAACUUCGAGCUGGUGAAGCGCUUUGUGAACCAGAUCGUGGACUUCCUGGACGUGUCCCCCGAGGGCACGCGCGUGGGGAUGGUGCAGUUCUCCAGCCGAGUGCGCACAGAGUUCCCUCUGGGCCGCUAUGGCACCGCGGCCGAGGUGAAGCAGGCGGUCCUGGCUGUGGAGUACAUGGAGCGCGGUACCAUGACGGGGCUGGCGCUGCGCCACAUGGUGGAACACAGCUUCUCCGAGGCGCAGGGCGCGCGGCCCCGCGUCCUCAAUGUACCUCGCGUGGGCCUGGUCUUCACCGAUGGCCGCUCCCAGGAUGACAUCUCAGUGUGGGCUGCGCGCGCCAAGGAGGAAGGCAUCGUCAUGUACGCCGUGGGCGUGGGCAAGGCGGUGGAGGAGGAGCUGCGCGAGAUCGCCUCCGAGCCCGCAGAGCUGCACGUGUCCUACUCCCCUGACUUCAGCACCAUGACGCACCUGCUGGAGAACCUCAAAGGCAGCAUCUGCCCGGGUGAGCACGUCUGACUCGGCCCCUCCCCUUCUCUCUUUGCCUAACCUCUGAUCUCUCCCCUUACUGUUCACCCGCAUCCCCUCCUAGAGUUACAGCCAGGGCGUGGGCCUCACUAGCCAGAGCCUUGUUACUCGAAGUGUGGCCCGGGACCAGCAGCAGGGCCCUUACUGGGGAGCUUGUAAGAACAGCAGCAUUCCCAACUCUCUCCAGGCCACAUGAAUUAGAUUUUGCACUUGAACCAAAUGCGUUUGUAUGUAUGUCAAAGUUUAAGAAGCACUAGACUGGGCUAGACCUGUCCCCAAAACUAGUGGGUGUUCAGAAUGAUUUGGGCAAAUUUCUCAGAGGAAUGCCAACCAGCGUUUCUAUAGUUCAUUAACUUGGAAUUCAAUUGUACAGACUUGGCAAAGUGGCAGGACGGAGUGUUUCAAGUACACAAAGCUAUGUAUUUUCGUUUGAACAAUGUAGCCCAUAAAUGCAAUCAUGGUGUUCAGCUGAAAAAAUGCUGUGAAGGAGGAGAAGAGAGCUGUUGAACCUUGUGAACUGUACUUUAGAGGCUAUACAGGGGCUUUUGGGGGUAGCUUUUACCAUAGAGUCUUUAGACUCUAACCCAGGCCUGAGAUGUGACUCUUCUUUCAGAUUUCCAGGCCCUACCUCCAGAGCGAGGUUCAGGAGAGCUAGGCUGGGCCUAGGAAGUCUCUCUCUCUCUCUCUCUCUCUCACACACACACACACACACAGAACUUCAUGGGUCCACUUAUAUGUGGAUAAAAUGUAUGCCUGUAAGUAGACUCACUCAGUUCAAAUCCAUGUUGUUCAUAGGUCAACGAAUCCGCAUAUGCAGAGGGCUGACUUAAGUGAUCUGCAGACUUUCAACUAUGCAGUGGGUCAGAGUUUCUAAUCCUUGCUUUGUUCAAGGGUCAGCUGUAUACACAUACAUAUAGGUGGAUACAUACUAAUAUGUGUGUAUGUAUAUGCAUAUACACAUGCACACAUACACCCCCAGGCUAAUUCUAAUAAUUAGCCAGCACAUUGGGGAGGCACUGGAUAGCUGCUCCUUCAGGGCCCUUCCUCUCCUGGUUCUCAUGUCCCACACAGUGUAACAUUGGAGAAGACACUUAAUCCCCACCCAUCCCUCAACUUCCCUUCUGUAACAGGGGAGGGUGCUGGCUACCCAAGGUUGCCUCCAGCUCUAGAAUCCUAAGAGAAAUCUGGGAUCUGGAGUUGAGGCCCGUCACCAAUUGGCUGUAUGACUUUGGGCAGAUCCUCCCCACCCCACCUGGAUUUCCUCAUCUGCAAAGUUAGGAGUCUUUGUGGGACAGUCACCAAGGCCAUUAAUGGAUGACAUACAGCAGUUUGCUAAGGAUGCAUACAAGACUAAGAAGUAACCUUUAAAAUCAUAACAGCAAUUCUUUAUUGGAGGCCCAGGCAUUGUGCUGUCAUUAAAAAUGCCACAUGUUUACAGAACGUCAAUGAAUCCAAGGUACCAUCCGUUGUCAAAUUCACCAUUAUUUUCUAUGUAGCUAAGAAAAAUGGGGGCCAGCCAAAACCGGUUUGGCUCAGUGGAUAGAGCGUUGGCCUGCGGACUGAAAGGUCCCAGGUUCGAUUCCGGUCAAGGGCAUGUACCUGGGUUGCGGGCACAUCCCCAGUGGGAGAUGUGCAGGAGGCAGCUGAUCGAUGUUUCUCUCUCAUCGAUGUUUCUAACUCUCUAUCUCUCUCCCUUCCUCUCUGUAAAAAAUCAAUAAAAUAUAUUAAAAAAAAGAAAAAAAA